AUGCCGUCAGCCGUGGAAGCCAAGGCCUCGAAGAGGAAACGUUCAGCGACCAAGGAGCCGCCGAAAAAGCGUGCGCGAUCCGAGAGCAGCGAAGAAAAUGACCCCCAAGCCGAGAUUCUGUUGCUUGAGAAUGCCAUCUUCGAGUCGAAGAAGAACUACAACAAUAUCACAACCCUGAUCGAGAUUUCGCAGAACCACAAUGGAGGUGCAGAAUUGGCACUGGUGGCAGCGGUGUCACUUUGCAGGGUGUUCAUCAAGCUUCUUGCUUCGGGAAAUCUUCUUAGAAAGAAGGAUUCUCCAGAGAAAGAAAUCGUGCUGGUACACUGGCUACGAGAUCGGCUGGCUGAAUACAAGACAGCUCUCCUCUCAAUGUUUGACAAGGAAGAAUUGGCAACGAGUGCUUUGACCGUGUCUAUGCGCCUGCUGAAAGCUGAGGGACAGUAUCUCAGCGAGAAAGACGACAUAACCUUCCCGAGAGUGUUCCUUUCGCAGAUUGUCAGCUCUAUAAUGCAACCAGGUGUUGACGAUGCAGUUCGAAAAGAGUACUUGGAGAAGUUUGUGGAUGAAUUCGAUGACGUCCGUUUCUAUACAUUCAAAGCCGUAACGGAUCUCUUGGCAAGUAAUGAUGCCGAGACACUGGAUGAGGCAUUGAUCGGGAAUGUGUUCGACUUUCUCUCUUCUAUCGAAGGUGUUCCCGCCUCAAACGAGGAGUUAGGAGAAUUUUAUGUCGACACAAUCAAGAAGAAGAAGGGCAACCCACUCUUCUCAAUCUCACAACAUAAGAAACAAGCACAGGAAGCAUGGCUAGCAUUAAUGAGCCUAGGCUUGACUAAGGAUCAGAAAAAGAGCAUCCUAGACAUCAUGUCGAAGGUUGUUGCGCCUUGGUUCACGAAACCAGAGCUACUGAUGGACUUCCUAACGGAUUGUUACAACACUGGUGGAUCCAUGUCCCUUCUCGCCCUCUCUGGUGUUUUCUACUUGAUACAAGAGCGAAACUUAGACUACCCGCUAUUCUACACGAAGCUCUACUCGCUCUUGGACGCUGACAUACUUCACUCCAAACACCGCUCUCGGUUCUUCCGCCUUCUUGACACCUUCCUCGAGUCAUCUCAUCUACCAGCUGUGCUUGUCGCCAGUUUCAUCAAGCGCUUGGCGAGGUUGAGCCUCAACGCUCCCCCUAGUGCCAUAGUCACCCUCAUUCCCUGGUUCUACAACUUGUUCAAGAAGCAUCCCUUGUGUACCUUCAUGCUCCACCGUGAGCCGCGGACGAAGGAAGAAAAAGACACGAUAGUAAGCGAGGGCUUGGAGGACCCAUUCCUCCCAAACGAAGAGGAUCCCAUGGAAACACAUGCUAUCGAUAGCUGUCUCUGGGAAAUUGUUCAACUGCAAUCACAUUACCAUCCGAACGUUGCCACAAUCACGAAGAUCAUGUCGGAGCAGUUCACAAAGCAGAUCUACAAUCUGGAGGAUUUCCUUGAUCACUCCUAUGGCAGUCUUUUAGAGGCUGAGAUGGUCAAGGACGUAAAGAAGGCGCCUGUCAUUGAAUUUCAGAUACCGAAGAGGGUAUUGCUCCCCCAAGAGCCAGACUCUGGCGUUGCGGACAAUCUCCUAGUGAAGUUGUGGAACUUCAAAUAA